CGGUAGUGGAAUCCUAAUAGUGUUAUUAUUUUUUUCAUAUUCCCACUUUUCACUACCGAUCUAGGAUUCACCGGUAGUGGAAUCCUAAUAGUGUUAUUAUAUUUUUCAUAUUGUCAUUUUCAUUCCCAAUUUUCAUACGCGUUCAAUCUCCCUCCCACUGCAAACUCUCCAUUCUCAAUCGUCCCAAGUUCUUCCAAAUCGUCCCAAGUUCUUCAAAUCAAACACUCCAAUUUCCCAAUCAUUCUCCAAUCUCUCCAUUCUCCAUUCUCCAUUCUCCAUUCUCCAAUCUCUCCAAUUUCAUUCGGUUUCAUUCUCCAAACCCUAGAAUGCUUGAAUCGCCUCCAAAUUUCUUCGUUUUUAUUCGGUAAAGGUAUGAAUAAAUCAAACUUCCUCCAAAUUUCAUUCGUUUUCGUUUUCAUUCAUUUUCAUUCUUGUUCAUUCGUUUUCAUUCGCUUGGGUUUUCAUUCGUUUUCAUUCACGUCGUUUUCGUGGGUCUGUGAUGUUCAUUUCUGUGUGGGUCUGUGUUUUUUUGUGUGGGUUUUCAUUCUUCUUCUGCUUGGAGUUUUUAUCGUACCAAAGAUCUGCUCUUCGUAUUCAGCACAGUUAACUGCUUAUGAUUUUAAAGAUUCGGGUCCAAAGGAAGAAGAACAUAUUAGCUUUCCACAAACCCAAAGCAAGUUGCAGAGUCUAGUGGAUUUAAUAAUGUGGAGAGAUGUUUCAAGAUCAGCAUUUGUGUUUGGUAUUGGAACAUUCAUUAUAAUCUCAUCUUCUUAUGCAAGGGAUAUCAAUUUGAGUCUUAUUUCUGCAAUCUCCUAUUUAGGCCUUGUCUACCUUGCAGUUAUCUUCCUCUAUAGAUCCCUAAUUUGCAGGUAAUAAUAAUAAUAAUAACUUACGCUUUUCCCGAUCUCUGCUCGUCUUAUGUAGAGACCGUUUAUUAUUAAUAAUAACUUACGCUUUUCCCGAUCUCUGCUCGUCUAGUGAUGAUGGUUUUAUGAAGGAAUUGGUAUUUUUGUGAUGGAAUUGGUAUUUUAUGAAGGAUUGGUAUUUUAGAAUUGGUAUUUUAGGAAUUGGUAUUUUAGGAUUGGUAUUUUAGGAAUUGGUAUUUUAGGACUGUUUAUCAGGUGAUGGAAUUGGUAUUUUAGGAUGUGCAUACUGUUCUAGAGUUUUGAUUUUU